AUGCUGCAUACCUUUCUCCAGUCAAAGAAUACCCCUGGUGCCGCAACUCACUACGUCUAUGAUACCAGUACUGGUACCAAGCUGCCAAACCAGUAUUGGCAUAUUGAAUAUAUUGAUGGCAGCACUGCUGGAGGUGCUGUAUAUACAGAUAAAGUUGAGGUUGGCAAUGUUAGCUUCUCUAACCAGGCUAUUGGGAUUGCUGACUACCUCCAAUCAUCUCAGGUAGUCUUUACGGAAAUAAUAGACGGUAUGAUGGGAUUAGCCUUCUCUAGCUUGAAUACAGUGCGACCUACGAAGCAGCCUACUUUCUAUGAUAAUGUUAAGCCAAGCCUCCAGACCCCCGUCUUCGCUGCUUACCUUAAGCAUAACGCUUCUGGUGUUUUCGACUUUGGCUUUAUUGAUUCCUCUAAAUACUCUGGGGAAAUUGUCUAUAAGGAUGUUGAUUCUAGCCGUGGACAGUGGAAUGUUACUUUGGAUGGAUACUCUAUUGGUGAUACUUUUUCUGCUUCGGACUGUUUUAAUGCUAUAGUCGAUACUGGUACUAGUCUCCUCCUCCUUGAUCACGAAAUUGUCCAGAACUACUACGCCCCUAUUCCCUCUUCUCAAUUCUCUCUUCGGCAUGGUGGAUGGAUCUUUAAUUGUGCUGAUGAUAUUCCUACAUUUACUGUUAAGAUUGGUCCACUCGACGUCGUCAUUCCGGCUGAAUACUUGAACUAUGGUUCCCUUGGUACAUCUUGCUAUGGCGGUCUCCAGUGCAGCCCUCACAAUAGCUAUGGUAUUCUUGGCGACGUGUUUCUCAAGGUCCUGUAUGUUAUUUUUGAUGAUGGCACUACUUCAUCUCCCCGGGUUGGUUUCGCUAAACAGGCCAGUCUAAGCGUACCUAAGGUUUGA